AUGGAGGAUCCUCAACUAUAUUCCCAGUCGAGUCCCUUUCAGAUACGAGAUGCAAGUCAAGUCCUGGGCAUCUAUCACAAGCGAAUGGCUUCACAGGACAUACCGGACAUCGUCCUUGAUAUCGGAUGCGGAUCCGGCGAUGUUACAAGUCGAAUAUUAGCACCAGCAUUGGGUCAGUUCGAACUAAUCCUGGGCGUGGACAAAUCGCGGAAGAUGGUGGAAUACGCGAAUCAGCACAGCGAGGACGAUAACAUCCAUUACGAGGUGUUGGACAUUGCCGGCGACAUCACCGAAUUUCGAGAAGACUGGGGGACGUUCACCAAGAUUUUCUCGUUUUACUGCCUUCAUUGGGUUAAAAACUUAAGACAGGCUCUGCUCAACAUACAGCUGCUGAUGAGAAAUGGAGGAGAAUGUUUGCUUGUUUUCGUGGCGCAGUGUCCAGUGUUUACAAUGUACGAAAGAAUGGCGAAGAUAAAGAAAUGGGAGCAAUACAUGCAGGACGUAAAUGACUUCAUCCCAGACACACAGAACAUGGCACAACCAUCCUUUAUUUUUUCUCAAAUGAUGGAAAACGUUGGAAUAUCAGUAAUUGAUUGCUCCACACUUCAGAGGAGUUUCGCUUUUACUUCCACAAAGAUGCUUAGAGAUUGUUUGGUUGCAGUAAAUCCUUUUGUGAAAAGAAUACCCGCAAAACACAAGGAUGCAUUUAUUGAAGAAUGCAUAAAGACACUGGGUGCCAUUAAAAUUGAAACUGGUAAUGUGAAUGAAAAUGAAAAUUGUUGUUUUACGUAUAAACUAAUAGUUGCACAUGGAGCAAAAAAUUAAAUUUCUAUAUUUCCCCUCUGUUGAUGUGCACUUAUGUUUACAAUAUAAAGGGGUUUUGUUUAGGCCAUUGAAAAACUGAAUCUCCUGAAAUGCAACUAUUUGUAGGAAAUGUUUUUAUUUAAUUUAGAGCUUUUUAUUUAAAUAUGUAUACUGUCUAAGGCUUAUUUAAAAUGCACUUGAGCUUUCUUAUACACAAUGUGACGAUGUAAUAAAUGUAGCACAGUUGCAAUAAUGCAGACUGUAGAGUUCUUAGUUUUAUUACUAAAUUUU